AUGGGCGGCGAGGACUCCGGAAGCGCACUAGCCAAUCGGGUGGAUGCACGUUGUGGCUACAAUAACCUUGAUUCAUUCUUUGCUAGACGCAUCGUCAGCGAGCUGGAUGCUCUAUUGAAUGAGCAUAAUGAAUUGUUGAAAAUAUUCAAAUCCUACAUGCACAAAUUAGAAAGCGAUAAUCACGCUAUUGUUAUUAAUGCUGAUAAAACACCAGCUGGAGAACACAUUCGUAGAUUCAAUGCACCUGUUGCUGACGACGUUGCUGGAAUCAUGGUUGGCGAUCGUACAGGUGCACGAGAAAUUGUGAUUCGUAGGAGAAAUAAUAAUCUUCAGUUCAUUGCUGAUACACACCGUUCAUAUGACGCUCUCCAAUAUCCGCUAAUCUUCUGGAAGGGACAAGACGGAUAUAGCAUAAAUAUUAAACAACGAGAUCCCGUAUCAGGAGCCGAAACAAACAAGAACGUUAGCUCGAAGGAUUAUUAUGCAUAUAGAUUUAUGAUUAGACGCGGGCUGGAUAACGUCAUUCUACGAUUUCAAGAGCUUUAA